GAUUUGGACGCAGCCCGCGUCUCCCCGCCGGCAGAGAGGGCACGGCCCGCCAGAUUAUGCGGCCAGAAUCGUCGGUAAUCUGUGGAUCCAACAUGUAUUUUGACUUCUUUAUUUGAACAUUUUCAGACAGGUUUUUUCCCCCUCUCCCUUCGAACUUCCAGCUAGAUUUCUAAUCAACAGAUUAAAUCGUUUUUGUUCUUUUUACAUAUAUAUUUCUGGAUGAAUAAGAAGAAGGCAUCCGAGGAUGAGAGUCGGAGGUGAAACUCAGGAGGCUUUCAGUAGAUUGUGGAGGGCCUUUCGAGACACACUCUUAAUCUCAAGACCAAGAGGAGUGUGAGGACAGACAUGGACGUGAAUGAACUUUCGCUCAAUCGCAGCCAGUCGCUGGCGAGUGGUCUGGAGAAGACGUCACCAUCGUGGAACAAGCCGGCCCUCUCUCAAAGCAGCAGCACUCUGUCAUCUCGUCACUCCAGACAGGUUAUCAAAGACUGGGAAGUGAUUGAUGACCUUCAAGUAGAAAUGCACGCAGGAAGUGAGUGUCCUCAGGAUAUGAGUCCUCCAGGAAUGUGUGAGGGGUAUCUUCUCAAGAGGAGGAAGUGGCCUCUGAAAGGCUGGCACAAGAGAUAUUUUGUUCUGGAAGCAGGAAUCUUACGCUACUCCAAAAACCAACAAGAUGUCUCCAAGGGUCGAGUCCAGGGUUCACUAGAUGUUAGUCAUGCUGUUAUGUCGAUAAACAAAAAAUCUAGUCGGAUCGACUUGGACGCUGGAGACAUCCUCUAUCACAUCAAGGCAAAAAGCCACGAUCUCUUCUACAUUUGGGUGAUGAAGCUGCAAGCACACCGCCUAUACAAAAAGAACGAGAUAACUCACGCUCACAGUGGCCUCCUGCAGACGCUGUCCAACACAACUCAGACUGGACAAGCUCACAGAAAUGGAGAUGUGGUGACUAUGAAAUCACUAGAAUCGACCCGGACAUUUAAUCUUCUCUACAGGAGAUUAAAAAUGAGUCCCACUUUUGUUGCUUUUGACUUUUUGUGUGUGUUUUUUCGGCACCAGAGUUCGGCAGGAACUGAAAAUUUGGCGGGAGGAUCGGGGGUCUUACCAUCAGCCAACACUGCUGUGAACAGCAAGGUGUCGGCCUGGCUGAGGCACAGCCACAAUCCAGACACAUGCGUUCAAGAGUUAAAUCGCUGUAAUUUGGACCUGUCGGAGCUGAACCGUUUAAUUCUGAGGCUUCAGGCCAUGGAGGUGGGCCAGAGUUUCACUAACGGAGACCUGCAACGCAUCAUCAGCACGCAGAAUCUGUCACUUGAGAAACCAAAGAAGACAAAGUCAGGAAAGAUUUGGGGUCACUCUCGCACACUAUCCAGAGUGGAGGCCCUGGGAAUGGUAAGAAUGCCUGUUCGGGGGAUUUCCAAGUCGCUGUCCUCCAGUCACCUGAGCAGCUCGUCCCACCUCGGUGUGUCAGUGCCCUCUAUCCCCGACUAUGUCUACUCCCAGCUGUCCCCUCCCUCUAUCUCAUCACCUGAGGGCAAGAAAAUUCAGCAGGAUAUCUACACCAUGUCAACUCAAGUGCUUUCUUCCCUGAAGUCAGUGCAUGAAACUCUGUCCCUGGAGAGGCAAAAAUUGCAAGAAGCCUGGGAAGCCAACAGCCUCCAUCAGUCUAACACAUUAGCUGUGCCUGCGCCGUCUCACGGUCCUCCUUCAGUAACAGAUUCGGCGGCAGAGUAUUUUGAUGCCAAUGACGACGUCCUUUGUGGUAGCUCUUCUGAGGUGUCUGAUGAAUCCGGGCUCAGCGACGGAAGCACCAGUAAUUCAGAACCAGAGGAGGGACACGCAUCAACAACCAGGAAGUACCGAGCAAGUAUUUCCAAGACCCCAAACAAUGUUGUUCCCAAGAGCACUGGCCGUCGAACGGCUCUACCAGCUCCCUGCCCUGACAACAGCCACGUCGGCCUCAUGGCUAUUCUCUACAAUAACAUAGGUAAAGACUUGGCUCGAGUCUCCAUGCCAGCAGCUCUCAAUGAGCCAGUCAACUUGCUGCAGAGAUUGUGUGAAGAGCUGGAGUACUGCGAGCUGCUGGACACGGCCAGCAACACACCAGACCCAUACCAGAGGAUGAUUUACAUCGCUGCCUUUGCUAUUUCUGGUUAUUCCACUGCAACGUUCAGAAACCGCUACAAGCCCUUUAAUCCAGUUUUGGGAGAAACCUUCGAGUGUAUCAGAGAUGAUCGAGGUUUCCGCUUCAUCAGCGAGCAGGUAUGCCACCACCCACCCAUCUCAGCCUGCCAUGCUGAGUCAGAAAACUUCACAUUUUGGCAAGACCAAAGGUGGAAGAAUAAAUUCUGGGGAAAGUCACUGGAGAUUGUGCCAACAGGAAUGGUCAAUGUAACUUUGCCAAGGUAUGGUGAUCACUAUGAGUGGAACAAAGUGGUAACCUGCAUCCACAACGUGCUCAGCCAGCAGAGGUAUCUGGAGCAUUAUGGAGAGGUGACCAUUCAAAACCUGACUAACAACACCUGCACCUGCAAGAUCACCUUUGUCAAGUCUCGUUACUGGGGUUCAGACUCAAACAAGAACGAAGUGCAAGGAACAGUCAUCGACCAAAGCGGCAAUGUCAUUCACCGGUUUGGAGGUCUUUGGCAUGAAGGAAUUUUCUGCGAUACUCUGCAGACUCCAAAAUGCAUCUGGAAGCCUAAUCCUCAGCCAAAGGAUUACCUGCUGUAUUAUGGCUUCUCUUCGUUUGCCAUGGAGCUGAAUGAACUCACGCCAAACCUGAAGCCUCUCCUCCCUCCUACCGACACUCGCCUGCGCCCAGACCAAAGAAUGCUGGAGGAAGGAAAAGUUGCCGAGGCCGACAAGAAGAAAGACGACGUUGAAGAAAUUCAAAGAGAGCGAAGAAAACAGUUCGCCAAGAGGGGAGAGGAGCAUAUUCCUCGGUUUUUCAAGAAAGCCAAAGAUUCCUGUGGACGGGAUGUGUGGCUGACCAAUGGCACUUACUGGAAGCUCAGGGAUGAUCCAGGUUUUUCUAAUCUUGAAAAUAUAGUCCUGUGGUAAUGAGAAGAAACCACAGCGACAUGCACACAACGUAACUUUAGUGAGAAAACGGCCAGCGUUUGGUGGUUUUGAACAGCAUAAAUGACCUACUCUGACAGAGUGGAGACAGUGCUGCUUCUGGUCUCUCACAGCGAAUCUUCAUCGACACAUUUAGACACAACUUGUGGGAAAACAGAAAGAGCUUUCCCUUUUAUGAGCUUAUUGUAUCGUGAUUUAUAGAAUAUUGACUGCACAAUUUUAGGAACUUAAAAGUUUUAUUUAAGAUUAGUGGACUCCCGAGUCUGUUAUUGAAUCUUGUGUAAAAUUUCAUUUAAAUCUCGUCCUAGUAAACAGCUUUAACUACACUCUCUAACUGACUGGAUAAAUGAGCUGGAAUCUAUUUUACAGUCAAAGUAAAACCAGCUGUUUUUGCUGCCUCGAGAGGUCAAAUAAAGUACAGCAGGUUCACUUCGUGUUUUAUUCAGGAAAGCAGCAAUUAAGCGAUGAAUGAUGGAUGCUGCACAUGUUUUAAUUUACACCGAUUUUUGUUAAAUCAGUCUACAACUGAAUGUUGUUCCUCAGGUGUAGCUCACUUUGGAUGAAGCGCUUUGCUAAAUGACAAAAAUGAUGCAAUAUUUACCCUUUGAGUCAUCUUUCUUGUACAAGUUAUUGACUACUGUUAUCUAAAAAUAUGUUUACUAAUAAAGAUUAUGAUAAUA